CAUUCCCACGAAAGGUUUACCGAUGCUUUUGUGUUGUCAUCAAUUUUUCAAUCGGGCAUUGCUUUGUUAUAAAUAAUUUGUAGAAAAUAUAUUGCAAUAGAAGUCUGAAGACAAAAAUUCUGUAUUGUUGACAUACUAUGGCUGAAAAUAAAACAAAUCCAGAGGAAUUAGCUACAGCAAUUUUGAAAACAAAACAUAAACCAAAUCGUUUGCUGGUUGAAGAAGCAAUCAACGAUGAUAACUCUGUUAUUUCUUUGUCUCAGGCCAAAAUGGAUGAGCUUCAGUUGUUUCGAGGAGAUACAGUUCUUUUAAAGGGUAAAAAAAGAAAAGAGACUGUGUGUAUCGUUCUAUCUGACGAUUCUUGCUCAAAUGAAAAAAUUCGAAUGAAUCGCUGUAUUCGUCAUAAUUUGAGAGUUAGGCUUGGAGAUGUUGUCAGCAUUCAAGCAUGUCCAGAUGUAAAAUACGGAAAGAGGAUUCAUGUCCUUCCAAUUGAUGACACAGUGGAAGGUUUAACAGGGAACCUGUUUGAUGUGUACCUAAAGCCAUAUUUCUUGGAAGCUUAUCGACCCAUCUACAAGGGUGAUGUAUUCAGUGUAAGAGGUGGGAUGAGAGCAGUAGAGUUCAAGGUGGUUGAAACAGAUCCAAGUCCUUACUGUAUUGUUGCUCCAGACACAGUCAUUCAUUGUGAAGGAGAACCUAUUAAGCGUGAGGAAGAAGAGGAAUCUUUGAAUGCUGUGGGUUAUGAUGAUGUUGGAGGUUGUCGUAAGCAGUUAGCACAAAUCAAAGAGAUGGUUGAAUUGCCACUUCGUCAUCCUAGUUUGUUUAAGGCCAUUGGUGUUAAGCCACCUCGAGGAAUUUUGUUGUACGGACCACCUGGUACUGGGAAAACGUUGAUAGCCAGGGCAGUUGCCAAUGAAACAGGAGCCUUCUUCUUUCUUAUUAAUGGUCCAGAGAUAAUGAGCAAACUGGCUGGAGAGUCUGAGAGCAACCUUCGAAAAGCUUUUGAAGAAGCCGAAAAAAAUUCACCUUCCAUAAUCUUCAUUGAUGAGUUAGAUGCAAUAGCACCAAAAAGAGAAAAGACACAUGGAGAAGUGGAAAGAAGAAUUGUAUCACAACUGCUUACUCUUAUGGAUGGACUGAAACAGCGAUCUCAUGUCAUUGUAAUGGCAGCCACUAACAGACCAAACAGUAUUGAUGCAGCACUUCGUCGGUUUGGGCGUUUUGACCGUGAAGUAGAUAUUGGCAUUCCAGAUACAACCGGAAGAUUAGAAAUUUUGCGUAUUCACACAAAAAAUAUGAAGCUCGAUGAUGAUGUGGACCUUGAAAAGAUUGCAGCUGAGACUCAUGGAUUUGUUGGCUCAGAUCUUGCUGCUCUGUGUUCUGAAGCUGCUCUUCAACAGAUCAGAGAGAAGAUGGACCUUAUCGACCUUGAAGAUGAACAGAUUGAUGCUGAAGUAUUGAGCUCACUUGCUGUUAGCAUGGAAAACUUUAGGUGGGCUCUAGGAAAGAGUAGCCCAAGUGCACUUAGAGAAACUGUGGUGGAAGUACCUAAUGUUACCUGGAAUGACAUUGGAGGACUUGAGAAUGUGAAGAAAGAAUUACAAGAGAUGAUCCAGUACCCUGUGGAAUUUCCUGAUAAGUUCUUAAAGUUUGGUAUGACCCCUUCUAAAGGUGUGCUCUUCUAUGGUCCACCUGGCUGUGGUAAAACAUUACUUGCUAAGGCUAUAGCUAAUGAAUGUCAAGCCAAUUUUAUUUCUAUCAAAGGACCAGAAUUGCUUACCAUGUGGUUUGGCGAGUCAGAAGCCAAUGUCAGGGAUGUCUUUGACAAGGCUCGGGCUGCUGCUCCUUGUGUGCUAUUUUUUGAUGAAUUAGACUCAAUUGCUAAAGCCAGAGGAGGAAGUGUUGGAGAUGCAGGUGGUGCUGCAGAUAGAGUAAUCAAUCAGAUUCUAACUGAGAUGGACGGGAUGAGCUCAAAAAAGAAUGUUUUUAUCAUUGGAGCUACGAACAGACCUGAUAUCAUUGACCCUGCCAUACUCCGUCCUGGACGGCUCGAUCAACUUAUUUAUAUUCCACUGCCUGAUGAUAAAUCCCGAGAGAGCAUUCUUAAGGCCAAUCUAAGAAAGUCACCUGUUGCUAAGGAUGUAGACUUGUGUUAUAUAGCCAGAGUCACGCAGGGAUUUAGUGGUGCUGACCUUACAGAGAUCUGUCAGCGGGCUUGCAAGCUGGCCAUAAGAGAAUCAAUUGAAAUUGAGAUUCGAAAGGAAAAAGAAAAGGCACAAAAUCCUUCAGCCAUGGAUAUAGAAGAAAAUGAUCCUGUCCCAGAUAUUCGUAAAGAACACUUUGAAGAAGCCAUGAAAUUUGCUCGUCGCUCUGUCAGUGAUAAUGACAUAAGAAAAUAUGAGAUGUUUUCCCAGACUUUGCAACAAAGCAGAGGUUUUGGAACAAAUUUCAGAUUCCCCAGUGGUCAGAACUCUGGGCCAGGUGGACCACGUGGUAGUAGUGCUGAUCAAGGCAACUUUCAAGACGAUGGAGAAGAUGAUGAUCUCUACAGUUAACUUAUAACUUAAGUAUAUACCCACUAAAUGUUUCUUAAGAAGUAACUUGAGUUAGGACCAAGGUGGAUUAAAAGCUGAUACGAGAUUUUAAAUAUUUGUUCAAGGUCUUCUAUUCCAAAAAAGGAAGCAAACUGACUCAAAAUUUGUUUUGAUUGAUAUAAUCUGUAUUUUGAAUUAAAAUCUCUGUCAAUGUUUGAAACACACUUUUUUUACUCUCUGAAAAGUAUAAUUUAAAAUGUUUAGAAGUUGUUUACCCCCAUAAUCCUGAGCCCAAAAUAUUAAGCAAGAUCUUGUCAAAAAAAGUUGUGUAUAACUUCAUUUCAAAAUAAAAAAAUUAUUGAAA